UACAAUGUCUCGUCAAGUACACGUGAGUUUGCCUUGUUUGGAAUCGCGAAGAAAUUGUCAUCCGUGAAAGAAGUCAGACGAGAAGUAUCGUAUCCUUUGAGAUCGUGCUUCUUAUUCGCGAACAAGAUGUAUAUCGUCUGCACUAUAUGUCGUGAUAAUUUCAUACAAUCUGACGAUAUCUCUGUUACCCCUUGUGGACAUGUAUUUCAUCUUAAUUGCUUGUCACGUUGGCUUAUGAGGUCAAACAGUUGUCCAGAAUGCCGUGAGGAAACCUCACAAGAGAAGAUCCAAAGACUUUACGUUACAUUUGUGAAUAAUGAAACCAGUAGCGCUGACAGUUUAUCCACGCAAGAAAGAAUAGACAGUUUGAAAUUUCAAGUUAUGCUCAAUGAAAGAAACAUCAAAUAUUAUACCACAAAAAGUAAAACCUUGGAAAAACAAAAUGCGGGUCUCAGACAAGAAGUACGGAAAGUAGAAAGUGAGAUGAAUAAAAAGAACUCAACUAUUUACCUUUUAAAGGAACAAAUGAAGACUCUUAAAGAAAAAUAUAUGGAACAUGAAGCUUUAAAAUGUAAAUUGUCACAGAAAGAAAAAGAAAUAGAAAAUUUAAAAAUUGUGAAAACAUUAUUACAUGGCUCUGUCAUAGAUGCAGAAGAAGCAGCUGAAAAAACUGAUCGUGAUACUCUAAUUGCUUAUGUGAAAGCUAUGAAAAGGGACAUGUCGACAAAUGCAAAACAAUGGGAAUUGUUAUAUAAACAUACUAAAAAAUGUCAUAGUUUACUGGCAGAAAUUGACUCAAAAAUCUUAAUAACAAAAACUACACGUGAUAAAGAAUAUAUAAAUAAUAUGACUGACACACUACAUGGCAUUUAUAAGAUGGAGAAGUUGAUAACAAGCAAUUUAAAAGCAUGUAAACAUUUCGGUAUACAAAAUUCGAUACCUAAUGGCCAAAAAAAGUUGUAUGAAAAUUCUCCCAUGGAUGUACAAGAAGUAAAGAUUGUUUCUAACAAAACAAAUGCAAAACAGGAAACCAGGACAAUGAUGGGCACAAUGGUGAAUAAUAGUGCAAACCAAGAGAAAUGCCCAAUUUCUAAAAAAAGAAUGAAACUGGUUUCGGCAGUAUUACACGUAUCGGCAGAUGACAAUAGUGAAAUGUGAGGUAAAUGUGAUUAUGGGAGCAUAUGCUAAAGAAUAUAUAAAGUACACAAUUUCUCUCCAGCUACAAAUCGAAAUGUUACUUUAGAGCGACUUACUGUAUCGAAAAUUGGAUUAUUGUCGAAUUCAAGUAAUUAUUUACGAUUAAUUUGAAAUCAUCCGUCCGUUGGUUUUAUGGCAACACAAAAUGUUUUCAAACGCUUUUGCACAAGAUAUUGAUUGGUUCAUUCCUACAAAUUUAAUGAUUAUCUCCACGAUAUAUAUAAUAAUGAUUAACGGACAUUUCUUUAAUUUUUGAGGUAUAAGUAUUAAUCAUAUUAAUUUCUCAUGUAUGAAUUAUAUCAAAUAUAUAUAUAAAUAUCAAAUUUUCGCGUAUUAAGGAUGAUACAAAAACUUCUUCUCUAUAUUAAUAACUAUUAAUAACUAUGCGUAAGCUAUAUUGUAAUAAAAUAACGUGUACGCAGAUAAUAUAUUAUUUUUCUAAUACAAAGUACAAAUAUUUUGCAACGGUAAAUGUAGAUAUCUUGCUGCGAUGUUUUAGAAAAGGAUAAAAGAUGUAUGGUGCUUUAGCUCUCUCAAAGUCGCUUUUAUGUAAUUUUCUGUUUCAAUGUGCUCGUAUACUUUUUUAUUAUUACAUGUGCCAAAAAUAGUACGGGUAUAUAAGAGGAAAAGCUAGAUAAAGUGUAACGUAAGAUAAUAAUGUAGAAUAAAAAAAAAUAGUUUCAAGGAGAUUAAGUGUAAUCAUUUCGAUGUGUAUCUAUAAAUUUUUAUUCAGUAUUCGUAUUCAUGUAGGCGCUACAUCGUUUCUCGUACGUGAAGAGAUGGACAAAAGAAAUUCUGAAAUUGUAAAUGUAUCAUAUGUACAUAGGAUAUUUCGGACAGGAUACGCUAGCGUUAAAUCUUACAAAAUGCAUUCGGUUCUCUUAUUAUUAACCCUCAUCCGGCUGACACUUAAGACUAGGUGUGAGAGAAA